GCGGUGUUUUCAUUGCCCUGUUAUGGUUUACUGACAGUCUUGUAGUGAGUGAGGUAAUACUUUGUAGGUAACUUGGCACUCGAGGCCAAAAAGUUAUUUGGAAAAGCACUCACCACCAUCGCAAAAAAAAAAAAAAAAAAAAAAUCCUAACAAACAACAAAACAAUAAAACGAACACCCCAACGCCCCCCCCCCCCCCCCCCCCGAUAAAAACAAAACAAAACAACAUCUGAAUUACAUUCACGAAAACACGUGCUUUCUAACGUAAAACUAUAACGAUUUAUUAGAUUCCAAUGAAAUGAUUUUAAAGACUACACACUAUACUCAGGGCUCGACGUUAGUGGUAGCCUGGGCUCUUUUGGCUACCAAUAUCUCCCCCGGAAACCGGAAACAACAAAAGCAGUGGAAGCACUACUGAUGCUAAAUAAAACGAACAUUGAACAGUUAAAUUAUCUAUUUCGCAACGCUCAUGCCAUCACCAAAUAUGCCAGGCCGUUUACCGAUUACGUUUGGCAGUGUAAACUGGACACGAUGAAAGCUUUUAAGAUCAACGGGGCAUAUCUGACAGAUAAAUAUUGUAAAACAUUUUCACGAUUCAUAUCGGAGGCUGAACGUAUCAACGUUGAACAUGAAGUGAAAUCAGCGCCAUUCAUGUCACUCCUGUGCGACGGAACAACCGACACUUCAGUUACAGAAGCAGAGAUCGUCUACGUUCGGUAUGCUAGUAAAGGGAAAGUGAACACAAAGUUCAUCAGUGUUGAAAACCUUGCUGCUGAAAGAGCCAUUGCAGAGACCAUAGAGAAAGUACUAUUCACGAGUUGUGAAAAACAGUUGAAACUCUUUGAAGGUAAGUCGAAAAAAUAUACAGUAGUUUAUUUAAUAAUUACUUAAUGAUGUUUAUUACCUGCAGUUCCAAAUGAAACUAAUUUUGUCUAGUAAUAAUAAUACUUUAUUUAACAUUAGUCUCUAGAACUCAAAUUACAGACUUGCAUGUAGUAACACUUGUACAUAAGCCAAUAUUUCUAGCUGAAUAUAACAAAGUUUGUUAUAAUGUUUGGUACAUUACAAAUGUGUGAAUCGUUAUAUUUUAUUUUUAAGGUCAGGUUGUUUCGAAGCUUAUUGGAUUUGGAAGUGAUGGGGCCUUUGUAAUGCAAGGUGUUAAAAAUGGAGUGGCAGCUAGAUUGAAAGUGAAACAACCAGCUUUUGUAGCUAUCCACUGUUUCGCACAUAGACUGUAAUUGGCUUUUAAAGAUAUGCUGAAAAAGGUUCCAUAUCACAGUAAAUUCUUGGAGGUGAUCGAAGGGUUGUAUUUAUUCUUCCACUACAUUACGCUGAACAGGAGCAACUUAAAUCGUACAGCCGAGUCAUUGAAUGUAAAAUGCCUAGCCCCAUCCCGAGCCGGAGGAACAAGAUGGAUGCCAUACACCAAAAAAACAACACUAGAACGAAUCUGGAAGAUGCACGCUGUUUUCAUCUUGUUGUUUGGUCAGAUGCAGCAAGACAGUCAAACAUCUGGCAAAAUUAAAAACAAGGCUUUGUUUUUCUUGAAAAAUCUACGAACAAAGCACUUCAUAACAUAUGGCCAUCACCUGACAGAUAUCAUCAACAUCUUGAGUACAGUGUCCCUCACCUUUCAAGCAACAAAGUGCUCAGUGUCGGAGAUCCAUGAAAGCGUCCAAAGUACUGUCUCUGUCCUUACCAGACUUAAAGGAAGACCAGGACCCAAGCUUCAGAAAGUACUCGAUAUUGACAGUUUUCAAGGCGAGAUGCUUACAGGUCAAGUAAUCUCAGAGAAAGAAAGGGUGCUGGUGGUGGACAGUCUUUUGGAGAGCCUUGACCAUCGUUAGGAAACAUGGUCACAAGUGAUGGUCUCCAGUCCGUCAAUGUCAUCAAAUGUCUUCCUUUUAGCCAAAAACAUUGACUUGAAGUCCAGCCAUUCUGAUAAGGUUUCGGAGAAGAUCACGUGAAAACACUAGUGGAACAUUACUAUGAUCAGCUGACCAUGCAUGCUUCACUUGAUGACAUCCACCCUGAAUGGAUGCUUUUGAAGGAUGGUGUAUACAGCAGGUAUAUAACCACAGAAAGGACCCAAAAGCUAAGCUGGAUUCUAGUGAACCUCCACCAUGGGGAGAAGUUUUCUAAUGUCUUGACCCUUGUGGACCUGCUGUUGACGAUCCCAGCUCACAGUUCCGACUGUGAGAGAGGUUUCUCUCACAUGAAGAAGAUCAAAUCCGACUGGAGGAGUUCUCUGUCACCAGACUCUGUAACUGACCCAAUGAGAAUUACCCUGCUAUCACCACCAGUGGAGGAGUAUGACCCAACAGCAGCCAUGGAUUUGUGGUUCAUGGGGUAGGAGAGAGGAGCAGACGGCCAUAUGUCAGUGUUACACAGCAGGAAUCUUCCGACAGUGACAGUGACACUAACACUGAUAGUGACUAAUCACACAGACUGAGAGUGACUUUUACAUGUUCUUGUAAAUGUUUUCAUAAAUGUAUACCGGCCUCGGUGGCGUCGUGGCAGGCCAUCGGUCUACAGGCUGGUAGGUACUGGGUUCGGAUUCCAGUCAAGGCAUGGGAUUUUGAAUCAAGAUACCCACUCCAAACCCUGAGUGAG